CAAAGCUUUAUUGUCUUCUCAUGAACAUCUUUAUUUUUUUUAUAAGUUUUCUGCCUCUAGCAUUGUUUCAUUUCGCUAUAUUCAGAGUUUAUUUUUUUGUAUAAGUUUUCUGCCUCUAGCAUUGUUUCAUUUCGCUAUAUUCAGAGUUUAUUUGCGAAAAAUGAUUUUUGGUGAUAGCUUCCUUGCUGUUCCAAAAUAGAUUCUUUGUUAUGUUGUUUCUCUUCUCCAAAAUGGUGAGUUAUGUUGGAGCUCUUGUGUCGAUCGAUGAAAGAAAUAAGCAAUUUUGAGCUUAGGAUCUUCAAUUUCUCAAUGCGUUUUAACAUUUAUUCUCCCACGCGUUGUCUCUAUCGAUUGUCCAUAUUCAAGGGUCCGGGGAAGGCCCCCACCACAAGGGUGUAUUGUACGCAACCUUACCUUGCAUUUUUGCCAGAGGCUGUUUCCAAGACUUGAACUCGUGACCUCCUAGUCACAUGGCAGCAACUUUACCAGUAACUUUGCAAUUACUACCAACAAAUAAAGAAAAAACUACAUUGUGACAUAGAUGAACAUUUAUCUUUAUGUUGUUACUGAUUAUGAGGAAGCCAUUGCAUUUUCAUGUGUUUUUGGCUUGUCCUAUUUCCAAAGUACUUGUUAUUGGAGACGAACUUGGCACCACCUGUCCAAAUUUUUCUUCAGAUAUAAAUAUGUUUUUAUUGUUCAUGGAACACCUAAUUCUAAUUAACGUUGUGCUGCAGGGGAAAAAGAGAGUUUGACUUAAACUACCGAUUGAGAACUAUGAUCUAGUUCUUAUUGCAAUAAAGGUUUUGAAUACCAUCAACACAGAGAGAGGAUAUCUCAUUACGACAUAUUAUCUUUCUGAUCAUUCCUACAUGCUUCCUUUUAGUGUGUCUCAUCAAGUUGGAGUUGGAAGUAUUGUGAUCAACGACAAAAAUGAGGCAUUGGCAAUCAUCUAGAGCCACCUAAUGAGCAAAGUUAUUUAAAGAGUCCAUUUGGGAGGUUUUGUGAUGGUUGACUAACCAUCGAUUUCUUGAUGGAUGCAAUGGACUUGCCAUUCUUGAAAUCACAUUAGGACUUCAUUACUGCACCAAGUUUUAGAAAAGAAGCCAAAUUUGCAGCUGCUGGUUCGAACAUACUAUCUACUACUACAUCAUCCGUUAGCCCUUUUUUAUUUGGGAUUCGGAUUCAAGUUGCUCAGUUUCUCAGGUUCAAGAAUCGAGUUUUUGAAAUUCAAGCAAAGACCAGGAAGUAUGAUAAGUACAAUACAGCUCAAGAUUUUUUUCAGAAAGGUCUAUAUAUGUUGGACAUAGGCCAGAAUAAUCUUGUUGGUGGAUUUUACUCCAAGACAUUGGAUCAAAUUCUAGCUUCAAUUUCAAUUAUUCUUUCAAAAUUUGAAGAUGGUCUCAAGGAAUUGUAUGACUUAGGGGCCAGGAACUUUUGGGUUCAUAACACAGGUUCAUUGGGGUGCUUAGGUCAGCAUAUCAUCAAAUUUAAAACUGAUGCAUCAAAAUUGGAUAAGCUAGGAUGUGUUAGCACAACUAUAUGGAUGUGGUUUAGAAAAACCAGGCUUGCUCAAGUGGGUGCCUUUCAGGACUUUAAUUGUCAAUGUAUCAGCAACUUGUUUACUCUUUCAACCUUGAAGAAAGCAGUAUUACCCCGUAUGCGAAUCUUAAUCACUACGAUUUACCACAAGCACUUCAAAAUAGGUACAACGGAUGGUUGCACCGUGAAGUUGUAUUUUUGUUUUAAGAUGUUCCAAGACAGAGUGAAGAACUGGUUCUUAUUUAAUGAGCCAAGAGUGAUAGCUGCUUUAGUAUAUGAUACUGGAAACUUUGCACCUGAAAGAUGCUAUUUGGAAAUUGCACAGAAGAGGACUCUGCAAGUGAGUCUUACACUGUUGCCCAUAAUCUCAUCUUAUGUCAUGCUUCUGCAACACAAAGAUACUGUAAAAGCCUUGGUAUAUUUUGGAAUUACUGGCAGUACCUGACAAAAAUCGCCUCCUAUAACUAUUACUUUUUCCACCAAAGGGUUCAUCAGUGUCCAGUAUAUCUCUGAAGCUCCUAUCAAUCAUUUCAAUUAUCCGAUGGCUGGCCAUGGGCACUUCUUCCCAAGUAAUCAGCUUGGCUUUUUUAAUCAAUUUAGUUCCACCACUUUGCUUUGACAUGUGUGAUUGUUGUAUUAGUUGUCUAAAAUGGUAUCUCAAAUCUAGAAUGUGAUGUAUGACCUGUUGAUAAAAUAGCUGUAGCUACACCACUUCUUGUUGCUGCUUAUACUAUCAUGCCUCUCGAUCUGAUAUUUGCAA